AUCGAAACCUACAGUUUUCUGGUAACACUUUUCUUUUGCUAAAUUUUGCCGACAAAUUUUGUUUAUUGUUUAAUUUCUGCUAAACAUGAAUCCCCUGGACAAAAUUCACGCUCUGGAUGAGAUUGAAAAGGAGAUAAUAUUGUGUAUGCAGAGUGCAGGCCAAGCAUUGCAAGAGUUGGGGAAGGAAAAAUCUUCGCAAAAAAAUGCCGAAACUCAAUCGCAACAAUUCCUCAAGAGUCUCUCGAGUGUGGAGUCUAAACUCUCCGAGCAAAUCAACUACCUAACCCAGGUGUCCACCGGACAACCGCACGAAGGAUCUGGAUAUGCUUCAGCAAAGGUGCUGCAAAUGGCCUGGCAUCGCAUUCAACAUGCCAGAUCCCGGGUUCGGGAAUUGGAGGAGACCAAGGCGAAGCACUCGCAUGCCGCCCGUCAACAACAGAAACGCCAGCAGGAGCACGCCGCCGCUCAGCAGCAGCAGCAACAACAGCAACAGCAGCAGCAGCAACAACAACAGCAGCAACAGGCGGCACAACAGCAGCAAUCGAGUGGGAGCAGUGGCGGGGUAGGAGCUGCCGGUGGAGGAGACCAUCCCAUGGGAGGCGACAACUCCAUGUCAACGAACUAAUCAGGGGAUGCAGUUUAAGAUUAAAGAUAAGACUAUAGGCGUAAGAUUAUAGUUUAAAACCUAAAACCCCCUAUUAAAUGAUUUUUUUUAUAUGAACUGA